GUAGCACAACGCUGUGAUUAUUUGUUCGGUACCCGUGUAUCGGACCUGUUAGAUAUCCGUUUGUUCUUUGCAUUAAUUUUUGAAGAAUACUCUUUCGUUCUCAUUUGAGCGAAUUAUUGUUCAGCAUUUAAGACUGCAGGAUUUGAUCUCAGCAUACCUUCCUAGAUAAGGAUCACGCCCAGCGAAGUUCUUACUCUCACUCACCAGACACAACUCAAGUGAUAACCAAGCACAACGAAAAUUGCAAUCAAAAAGAUCGAAUCAACAGUGGAAAUCGACCAUGGACACAAACCCUGAAAUAGUCCAGCCUGCGGACUGGCAGACUGGCGAAGCUGUCCCAGCCUUUCUCAUCCACGAUGGCGGCGGCACCACAUUCUCAUACCACUGCUUAGAACCUCUCCGUCGUCCAGUCUACGGCAUUUACAACCCCAAAUUUCACAGCGGCGAGCCCUUCGACGGCGGUCUCAGCGACAUGGCCCGUCUCUACACUGGCUGGAUCAAAGAAACCGUCGAGAAGCCCGACUUUCCCAGACGUCGCAACGCAGCUGGAAAGAUCCGACUUCUUCUUGGCGGAUGGAGCAUGGGCGGUCACUUGAGUCUCGAAAUCGCAAAGCAGCUUGAAGAUUCCAACAUUGAAGUCAUCGGAAUUCUCAUGGUUGACACAAUCUACCCUCAUAAAUUCUCUAGCGAAAAGCGCAAGAUGCCUGGUGAAGACUCCAAGGAGGGAAAGAACAAGAACCAGAUCCUCGCGGAUCUAGCCAUGGCCGAUGCUCGCCGUAUGAUUCAAGCUUGGACACCUCCGGCCUGGGAGGUAGGACGUCGGCCCCGGGUCAGUCUCCUCCGGGCCAAGAAGGCCGUGCCCACGGAGAACGGGACUGAUAUUGUGGACUUGAGCCGUGAGGAGCGGAAUCUGGGGUGGGAUAUGUACGACAAGAACUUUUUUGCUGAUGUGGUAGAUAUUGAGGGACAUCACUAUGAGGUUUUCAAGUUUGAGUUCAUUGAGGAUAUUUCGAAGAAGAUCAAGAAGGCACUGGAUGAUUUGGAGUGGGUUGCUUUGGAUGGUUGAAUGUUGUUCAGUGAGGAGAAUCUUGAAGACUUAGACAAAGACAUGGUCCGUGGUUUGGCUGUUUAUGCGGGCUUGUACUGAUGGUUAUUAGAACACGAAUGAGACCAGAUAGAAUUAGAGACAAGAGUACAAAGUCAUAGAAACAUGAAAAUACAUUCAGAACAAUAAA